CACCAGCAUCCAAUAUCUAGCAGUAGCACUGCGCAUUUGCGUUUGUUAUAUUUAUGGUGUUUACAUUUUGGUGGCAGCGCAAACAUUCAGCUAAAUAAUUUACUGCACCGCCGACUAAAGAAGCUGCGCGCGCCGCACAUCCCGUGCGCUCGGGCGUCGGCUUCAACCAGUUGAAGGUUCAACAACAACGUAUCUCUGUGGUAGUGUCACCUUAACUGUAAUAAUUCUAACACUACCCUCAUCGGAUAGCAACAACGACUUUGCAUUUUUUCAAGCGCAGCUGUAACCAUGGCCAUAAUGGGUGGUGAGGAAACUGCAACUGAAACUGUUGACUUGGCGGAGGUGGAAAAAGUAAAACCGUCGAAAUUUGGCGAAUUUUGUCGCCGCAAUGGCAUAAAUCCGAAUUUGAUAAUGCUGAAGAUAACCCUAUUCGUUAUGUAUGGAGCAACCUCAUCGCUUCUGCCAUAUCUGACCAUUCAUAUGCAGUCAAUCGGUUUGACAGUUGAAGAGAUCGCCAUCAUUUAUCUGGCAUUACCAUUCACAACCUUUUUGAGCCCACCGAUCACAGGUUUCCUCGUCGAUAAAUUUGGCAAAUAUAAACCAGUCGUUAUAAUGAGUCUACUGCUGAAUGCACUUUUCCAUCACUCACUCUUGUUCAUUCCACAGCAGGAAAUUCCAGGUAUUGUGCCAUCCGCAUUCGUUAUGCGCCAUCCCGAUACAGGUGAUAUAGAGGUCUGGUGGUCACCCUGUCCCAGUCGUGAAUGCCCCGAGGAGCCAGAGCUCGACUUGGCUGUGAGUCAAUGUAUGGACUAUUGCUUAUUGCAAGAGCAAAAACAACCACAUUUGCCGUCUAAGCCAUCGUUAUAUGGUCCAUCGCCCGAUUACUAUUCGACAACGCAACACGCGCCCUCAACAACUAAGCUAAGUACAACAACAAUGAGCACAAUUUCAACGACCGCGACAAUGGCAGCAGCAACGACAGUCGCUAUUGAGUCACCAAUACCAAUAUCAACAGCCAUAACAACAACAACACCCAUAGCAACGUGGGAUCCAUCAGUUUCCACAACGCCUCCGUCAUCGUCUUCGCCGCCGCCUCCACCCUUGGUGGCAUCUACAAUGCGUAGCACGACAACUACAACCGCCGAGACAGCGGCGGCGGCAGCGGCAGCCGCUCGUGCCGAGACAGCAGCAGCUGCGGCGGCCGCAUUUACAACACCCAGCUCAGUGUACCGUUUCCAAGAUGUACUUAAUAUGUCAUCGACAAUGUUCCCGCCGAUGGUGACGUCUUCUUCGGCCUUGUCAGAGCUGGAGCAGGGAUGGAAUUUGGAAGCAGGCGAACAGGGUAACGACAGUUUUUUCAACCCCAAAAGUUGGGUUCAUUCCGAUAGUAGUGAUGCUGCCUAUUUUAUGCUUCAAAUGCAUCCAGAUUUGGCUGACCCCAUUGAGCAAUUGGGCAUGGAAAUCGAACCGGAUGACAAUGAGACAGUGACCGAUUUCAAGCAACGCUUCGGCGAGAAACGUCUAUGGGAGAUGCAAAUCAAUGUCACCGAUUUGGAUGAAUUGGAUCUACGUUGCGGUGGUUUGGUGCGUCGCUCCAACAUGUCACAACUCACAAAUGAGACAGUCAGCUGCAUGGUGCAACGUUGCAUAUUCACUUUGAAUGCACCGGAGAUUUGUCCGCCGGAUUACAAAGAAUCAGAUGAUCGAGUAUUCUGGAUUUACUUUUUGUUGAGAUUCCUCGCUACAACAAUGCUGUCAGCUGGUGUCACCAUAAUGGACCCCAUUGCGUUGACUAUGAUUGAGAAAUAUGGCGGCGAUUUUGGGCGUGAACGUUUGUUCUCCAGCAUUGGCAUGGCUAUUUUUUCGCCAAUUACUGGCAUAAUGAUUGAUUAUUUUUCGCGUGGCCUUGGCUACACUGACUACUCGGCCGCCUUCUAUACCUACGAUCUGUUGCUGGUGAUUUCGACAAUUUCUGUGCUGAUGAUGCCAUUGGGCGAUAAACUGCCAGCGGAUAAUGUUUUUCGGGAUUUGUGGAAUCUAUUGAAAAUGCCACAUGUCAUCACAUUUAUUUUCUUCUUGUUCAUUUUGGGCAAUUUCUGGGGUUUCAUCGAGAGUUUCCUAUUUCUAUACCUAAAGGAGUUGGGUGCGCCCAAUUAUUUGCUCGGCAUCACCAUCACUGUGGGCACCGUAAGCAGUAUUCCUUUCUUGUAUGGUGCUGAACGUAUCACCCGCAUCUUUGGACAUGUUAAUUUGAUUAUUAUUGCCUUCUUUUCGCAUGCUGGUCGCCUAGUAGGCUAUUCGUUCAUUGAAAAUGCUUGGUGGUGUUUCCCGUUCGAGGCAAUGGAGGCUCUCUCUUGUCAUUUGAUGUGGGUAGCAGCUGCCACUUAUUGCUCAAUCUUAGCGCCGAAGAGCCUGUUAGCCACACUAAUUGGUGUGCUGGGUAUGGCACAUUUCAGUUUAGGUCGCGGCAGCGGUUCCUUCACCGGUGGUCUACUCAUCGGUCAGUUUGGUACCCGAGAUGCUUUCCGAUAUAUGGGUCUGCUAGCUGUUGUAGGUGGCAUCGCUUAUGGUUUACUGCACUUGGCUUGGUUGCGUAAGUUCGAUCACAAUAUCGACGAUUGUGAAGAAGAAGUGGAGGCGAUAGAAAAUGGUGAAACAGAGAAACUCACUGAACCAGCCACUAAAGAGCAGGGCACAUCAAUGUCAUUGGAGCGCCUCAGCCUGAUGAUUAAGUACAAUCAAAUUGGCAGCUUGACUUCUCUGCCGCGUGGAUCAAGGGCGGAUAUCCACGACCAUUUGUCACAUCGGCGCAGCAGCUAUAAUGUUGAAUCGACACGUGUUCCACGCCAUGGCAGUCACAUUGGUAGCGCCUCAAAAGUUGACAUUUUACGUUCAACGCUGGAUAUAAAUCACAAAUCUUCAAAUAAUUCAGUACUGAGCAAAGCCGAUAACAAAACAUCAAAUCAAUCAUUAGGACGAAAUCGUGCCGACAGUGCGCCCAAAUUGAAUCACAGCAAUAUGAAGAAUAUAUCACAGCCCACACUGGAGGGUGUUGUGCUCGAGGGCGUUGAAUCGACCUUUUUCCCCAGUCGCAUGAAAAAGUAUCCGAGUGGUUUGUUAACUUCAAUACCAGCGAUGGAUUUAUCCGUUAUACCCAACACAAUGCUGAUGGAUCAAGAAGGUACCAAAGUGAUACCCGAAGAGACCGAUCUAAAUAGCUCAAAGAUCACCGUCUCUAGCCAGGAUGAAGUUAAGACACACCACGCCAAUGGCAAGAGAUCGAGUAUAUCAGAGGAUCGAAAUGACAAGGAUGAUGCUACAUGAUUUGUAAUUCCCAUGCAGCAAUGUCUACAUAAUACAUUCAUAGAAAAAUUUGUAUAUGUAUAUGAAAAGAGUGAUAUUAAAUAAAUGCAAGAAAGAAAUAAUUAAAUGCAAAACAGAAAAUUAUGAAAUUCUCAAAAUAGUUUGUUACAAAUCAUUGCAAGAAAGAAAAGCAUAUGUAUGUAUAUAUAAAUGUAUGUAAUAAUUCAUUUCUCGGUUUUACUGUUAUAUCAUAUGUACAUGUUGAGAGAUUAGCUUCCUUCUUGUUUGUAUAUUUGGAACAUAGUACAGAUUAUGCAUAAAAAGCAGCAAAGUAUUUAUAAUUAUAACUUUCGUUAGCUGUAAUGUUGAUUAUUUUAGCAAAAUGAAGUUGUUUUGUUUGAUUUAUUGUUUGUUAGUUUAAGCAUCGAAAAUCGCUAAUAUUUACAUUUAUUUCAUAGAAUUGAUUUUAUUAUUGUCAAAUUGUAUAUGUAUGUAUAUAUGUAUUAAAUAUAUUUGCUUUUUGAAAA